AUGGAAAGGAAGGGCUCGGGGUGCUGGGAGCCCCCCAGCAGGAAGGGGCUGCUCCCCUUUUCUAUCGAGGAGAUCUUGAAGAGCGAUGGAGCGAGGUCGGACGGGAAAGGUGGACGGGGCGGCGGGCAAGCUGAGGCCGGGAGGCUGCCGCGGGACCAGCCCCCAGAGGAGAGGAAGAGCAAGCGGAGGAUCCGAACCACCUUCACCACGGAGCAGCUGCAUGAGCUGGAGAAGAUCUUCCACUUCACCCACUACCCCGACGUCCACACCCGCAACCAGCUGGCGGCCAGGAUCAACCUGCCGGAGGCGCGGGUGCAGAUCUGGUUCCAGAAUCAACGUGCCAAGUGGCGGAAGCAGGAGAAGACCAGCAGCCUGGGGACCCCCCAGAGGCUGAGUGAGGCCACGACUCCGGAUGUGCCCUGCUCCUUGCUGCCCGGCUCAGCUCCUCUCGCCGCCGGGUGCUAUCAGCCGCCUCGAGGCCAGCUGGCGUCCAUCUGGUUCCCAGCCAGGCUCACCGUCCUCCCGUGCCUCCCCUGGGAAACGGCGCCUCUCCCGGGGGGCCCUCCGGCCCAGCCGUCCUGCGUGCCCACACUCUGCCUCCUGCCCCUCCCGCCCCCGCAGUGGGGCAGCGCCUGCACCGCGUCCACCUAG